AUGGGAAAGGAUGUGUUGGUAUAUGUGACUGCUUGCCCAGUCUGUGCACGGAAGAAGGUUCCCAAACAUGCUCCUCACGGACAGCUCUGCCCUCUCUCUGUGCCACACAGACCCUGGUCCAACAUCUCAGUGGACUUCGUCACGGGCCUGCCUAAUUCUGAAGGUAACACAACUGUAUUUAAAGUGGUACACAGAUUCUCCAAGAUGGUUCAUUUCAUUCCUAUGCCUAAACUUUCCUCAGCCAAAGGAACGGUUGAGGCUAUGUUGUCCCAUGUCUUUCGUGUUCAUGGUUUUCUCAGCGAUGUUGUGUCGGACUAG